GAAAUUGGUACGGUACGAUAACGAUGACGUAAAAUCACAGCCAUGACGACAUCGAGCGAAAGGUGCGCAAGCAAUCUCGAGUGUAAAUGUAUAUAUGCACACAUACAAGAGCAGAAAACAGGAGAGACAUGCAUAAAAAAUACACAGCUGAAUUUAAAAGAGACCAAAAACUGCUACUCUUAGCUAUCGUCAACCGAAGAUAAACUUAACGCAAAGCGCAUAUAAGUAAGUGAGGGAAGGUGAAGAGGGAUGAUACUUUCCGUGUGGAAGAGGGUGCUAUCCUGCUAGAGAAGAUUAUUAUUUUCCUUCGUCGUAGAGGGGUGCACGCGUGCAUAAGAAAAGAAAGUAUAUUAUACCAAGUAAAAUAUACGAAUGGCAGAAAGAAAGAAAGAAAGAAAGAGGGAUAAGGAGAGAAACUUCGCACGUAGAUGAACAUAACAUGAGAAAAGAGAAGAGGUUAGGGUGGGGGUAAUAGAAGACUGGGCAAAAGAAAAAGAAAGAGGAAGAGUAGAAGGGGAAAUGAUAGAAGAGAGGAGGUAAGCAUGUUGAACAGGGGCCACGGGGAUCUAAACAUAGCAUAUGCUCGAAAUAUAACAAGGCAGAACUUUAGCCAGGAGGCACGCAAACUUAACGCGUACACAUAUCGACGUGGGUUCUCCAAAAAUUUGGAAACUUAAAAAAGAGAUAGUAGAGGGAGAGAAGAAGACAGAAAGAUCAAAGCGUCGAAUACGACGUUUAGUUCGUAGACAUCAGUUGAUAAAUUGAAUUCGUUCGCUAGGAACAAGCUCACGAUGCAAAACAACAAAUCGCUACGAGUCCUGAGGACACCGAGGAUAUGCCUGCUGGUCAACAAGGACCACAAGUUCCAAGACGUCGUGGUGGUAUCUCGGCAGAGCCAGUAUCAGAGGAAGAUGCAACUAGCUAUGUUAAAAAAGUUGUACCGAAGGAUUACAAAACAAUGGCUGCUUUGAGCAAAGCUAUCGCUAAAAAUGUUCUAUUUGCACAUCUCGAUGAAAAUGAACGAUCCGAUAUAUUCGAUGCUAUGUUUCCUGUUACCUUUUUACCUGGAGAAGCGAUCAUACGUCAAGGUGACGAAGGUGACAACUUUUAUGUAAUCGACCAAGGCGAGGUUGAAAUAUUCGUUAAUGGUGAAUUAGUAACGACUAUUGGAGAAGGUGGAAGUUUUGGUGAACUUGCACUAAUUUAUGGGACUCCACGUGCUGCUACAGUAAGAGCCAAAACUGAUGUUAAAUUAUGGGGCAUAGAUAGGGAUUCCUAUCGUCGAAUUUUAAUGGGUUCGACAAUUAGGAAACGAAAAAUGUAUGAGGAAUUUCUUUCCAGAGUCUCGAUUUUAGAAUCUUUAGACAAAUGGGAAAGACUUACAGUGGCUGAUGCCUUAGAACCAGUUGCGUUUGAUGAUGGAGAAAUGAUAGUAAGACAAGGUGAACCUGGUGAAGAUUUUUACAUCAUUGUUGAAGGAACUGCUGUAGUAUUACAACAACGUUCGGAAGGAGCGGAACCUCCUGAACCUGCGGAAGUGGGUCGUUUAGGCCCAUCUGAUUACUUUGGGGAAAUAGCAUUACUACUGGAUCGACCAAGAGCAGCUACAGUUGUAGCUAGGGGUCCUUUAAAAUGCGUCAAAUUAGACAGAGCCAGAUUUGAACGUGUCUUAGGACCUUGUGCUGACAUUCUGAAACGCAACAUUACUCAGUAUAACAGUUUCGUAUCCCUUUCGGUAUAAAUUCAAACAGCACGAAAAAACCGUACCAAUCAUACAGAUUCCAAUUUUUCAGACACUAUGCUUCAACAACAACAACAAUAAUAAUAACAAACCUAUUGUUAAACAUUUUUCUAUUUCGUUAGUGCUUCAUUUAUUAAAAUGCAUAUUAUAUGUCGAGUAUUAUUAAUAUACAUACAUAUUGUAUAUCAUUAGAAAAAAGAAAAAAAAAAUAGUAAAAAUAAGAAAAAAAAAAAAUAAAACGAAAAACACUUAGUAUAUAAGAUUAUUAUUAUAACGCACUCUAUAUAAUAGCUGACGAUUCAUAUAACAAAAAUUCUUCUGGUUAUAUUGUGUAAAUUGUGUUUCUACAAAAAUAUCAUUUAUCUAUUGUUUUUUUGUUAACGAUCAAUUUCUAAAUUGAUCAAUUUGUAUUCUUCUGAUCAUUUGUUAUAUUUAGACGCACGUAUUUAUACAAUAUUAUUACUUUUGUAUUAUCAUAAAUUUUGAGAUAAAUAAUGCUUUCAAAUAAGGUCGCUGGUCGACUGUGGUAAAUAUUUUAUGGUAUUCAAAUGAUUGAUAAUCAAAAUGUUCUUUUUAGCUUAUAUUAUUUGUUACAUAUUACAAUAGCAUCACUACAUUGAUAAUAUUUCUAUAACAAAUAUGUAUAUGAUAAAGCACAUACAUAUAAUGCCCAAUUUAUGAUUUAUAACACAGGUAUUGAUAAAUGAUGAAACAAGUCGCAAUUAAUAAACUGAAAGUGCGUUUAGAUUUGAUUUAUAU